AUGGUUAUUGAUCUGGUGACGCAAGCUGCUCUUAUUCUUAUCACCAUCUUUAUGUUCCUAUGGAUGCAAAACAUACCUCAAAAUCUCUUCACCAAAUUACGUUACAGAAACCGAUCCAGCUACUCCGCCAAGCGUCACUUCAUCAUCGGCGCUCAGCUCUUAGCUAAAUCCAGAUCCACCAAAGACCGAGCCUCCUCCGCUAAACUAGCCAAAUCGGCCGCCGAAGAAGCCGACAAAUCCAUCUCGCUCGAUCCAAAGGACGCCGCACCACACAUACUCAAAGCCCUAGCCCUCGAUGCACAAGGUUUUAGUACAUCGGCUUUGGAAGCGCUGGAUGUUGCGUUGUCGCCGUUGACGGCGAAGACUUUGAGCGACGCAGAGAGAGGGGAUGCGUUGUUCAAGAGAGCAGAGAUCAAAGUGAAGGGGAGUAAGAGAGGGCGAGUUGACUCGGCGAUUGAAGACCUGGUUGAAUCUGUCAAAUUGAAAGGGGAUAAUGCGAAAAUGUUUCGAUUGUUGGGAGAGUGUUACGAGAAGAAAGAAAUGGAAGAGGAGGCCAUCGAGGCUUAUAAGGGUGCGCUUAGGGUUGACCCCGAGUGUAUUGCGGCUCGAGACGCAUUGAAUCGAUUAGGUUGA